AUGUCAACGAACCUUUCUCUUCGUUUAGUUCUAAAUGUUCGUUUAGUAAUACCUUUUAGGACUGGUGUGCGAUACUUUACAAAACAAACUCGACAAAUAACUAAUAGUAACGUAACUACUAUGAUAAACACAAACGGAAAACCAAGUCCAAAGUCUCCUAAACAAAAAAAACCUUCUUCAAUAGGAGUAAAAGAGCCACCUAGAAUUUUGCAUAAAACGGAAGCGAAAACAUGGUUAGAGAAGCUGAAGUAUUCUUUUAAUUUUAAUGAGCUAAGGAUCCAAGGUGAAAAGUUAUGGGAGGCUAAUCAGGAAAUGAUUAAAGCAAAGGAAGCAUUAUAUAUACCUAAUAUUAAUGCUCGUUCUUUAUUAAAGUCGAACAUUGACACCGUGAAUCUCUUAAAGGGCAAUACAACUUUAUUUGCGGUAUACUUCAAUCGAUUUGGAGAAAAUCAUGUCAAAACUUAUAUAGAGCCUUUUCUUGCAGAAUUCUCUAAUAAACCAAAAAUCCAACUAAUGCAGUUGAACGUUGAGACAAAUAUCUUAAAGUCGUUGAUUCUUAAAUUAUUCAUUCCAAGCAUUCGUAGAGCAAUUCCUCAAUCACUUCAUAAAACUUAUCUCUUCCUCUUCCGAAAUGAUCAAACUUUACACGAAGCUUUGAAUAUACAUAAUACAUAUCGAGGGUAUGUUUUUGUGAUAGAUGCUGAUUGUAAAAUAAGAUGGUUUGCACACGGGGAUGCUACCCAAAAAGAAAUUGAGACAUUGUUAAAGAUAAUCACGAAUCUUGGUAAUCUUGAUGAAUGA